CCGUCGUAAUUGGAGCAGUCAGCAGAUGGCCUGUCCGGCCUGACUGACAGACAACAACAGUCCACUCGGACUAAAAGUCACACUAAAGAUCUCCACGGGAAUUGCACGGGAGCAAAAAAGACCAAAGAAAGACGCCAGACGGGUUGGAAAAAAAAAACACAUUUGUUUUGAUUUGGAGUUUUGUUGUUUCUGUCACUAUGAAAAGCGCAGACUUGCUCCUGCUGGUGUGCGGCAUAUGCAGCCUGAGUUCACUGGGAGGAGCAGGAGAUGUCGAGCAGGCGCUAACCAAGCAGGUCUUGGCUAACUACAACCUCAAGGUCCGGCCUGCGCGAACCCCCAUGGAGCGAGUGGUGGUCCGAGUGGGUAUGACCCUCUCCUCAUUUGUUGGAAUGAAUAUGAAAAAUGAAGAAAUGAGCACUGUCGUCGUUAUGAAUUUGGAGUGGAGGGAUUACAAUUUGUCGUGGGAUCCCAAAGAGCAUGAUGGGAUUGAGGUGUUGCGUAUUCCCGCUGCCAAAGUGUGGCUGCCGGACAUUUACCUGAUCAACAACAACGAUGGCGUGUUUGAUGUGGCGCUGCAUGUUCAUGUUCAGGUGUAUAGCAAUGGCAGGGUGACCUGGACUCCACCCGCACUCUACCUGAGCUCCUGUGGCGUUAGGGUGACAUAUUUCCCCUUCGACUGGCAGAACUGCAGCAUGCAGUUCCGCUCCUACACGUACGAUUCUACCGAGAUCGAACUGCAGUACGCGUUGGAUGCAAACGGCAACGAGAUACGGGAGAUCCAACUGGACCAGGCCUUCAGCGAGAGCGGCGAGUGGCACAUCAAACACAAACCAUGCAGGAAAAACAUGAACAAGGACCUGUACGAAGACAUGAGUUUUUACCUGAUCAUCGAGAGGAAGCCGCUCUACUACGUGCUGAACAUCAUCAUCCCUUGCAUCCUCAUCACCAUCAUCGCCAUCUUCAACUUUUACCUGCCCCCUGAUGCAGGUGAGAAGAUGGGCCUUUCCAUCAACGUUUUGCUCACCCUUACAGUCUUCUUGCUGCUGUUGGCGGACAAAAUUCCAGAGACCUCUCUGGGCGUUCCCGUCAUCGUCAAGUACAUCAUGUUCACCAUGAUCCUGGUCACCUGCUCAGUCAUUCUCAGCGUGGUCGUGCUCAACCUGCACCACCGCUCGCCCAACACUCACAUGAUGCCCACGUGGGUCCGCAAGAUCUUCAUCCAUAUGCUGCCCCCGUACCUCUGCAUGCUGCGCCCCAAAGUGGAAGUGCCCCUGGCCCUCAAAAUGCUGCCUGCUCAGCGGGAGAAAAAAGUGUUUGCCAUCAACAAGGCCGCCGACGAGUACUUCAUCCGCAAACCAGACUCCUCCAUCUUGUUCCCUAAACCCAACAGAUUCCAAGCAGAGGGCAAAACAUCCAACCUAAAAAAAUUUAUUGACGGGCCCAGUAGCUACCUUUCACUUCCCCCCGAACUCAAAUCAGCCAUUGAGGCGAUCACGUACAUCGCUGAAGCAUUGCAGGCCGAAAAGGACUACGAAGCUCUGAAGGAAGACUGGCAGUACGUGGCCAUGGUGGUGGACCGCAUGUUCCUCUGGAUAUUUGUCAUCUUCACCACCGUGGGCACCUUAGCGAUUUUUACUAAGGCCAGCCUCAAUCAUGCACCCACUGACCCUUUCUAAUCUGCAGUUGGAAAGCAAAAUUUAAAUUUGAGCUUUGUUUCUUCUGCUGACGUGUGGAAACGUUGGUCAGACAAAUUUUGCAUGCAUAUGAAUGAACAUCUUGACACUUCACAGAUGAGCAGCCACAACUUCAGCAAAAAUGCAAACUCCAACUCCACUCAGGAAAGCCUGGUUGCAAAAUCAUACUCGGAACCUCGGACCUGUGGGGCAGACGUGCUAACUAACCACUCGUUCGAUUCAAUGCUAAAAAUAUUCCUGCAUGUUUUUGUGCGCCGGCCUGGCGUAAAUAUUCCGACGUGGUGUCAACAAAUAAACGCAUGAGGCACAGCAGAUGCCACAAUGACCCAGCCUUUCAUUUCCAUGUGUCACAAUGUGCCGCAGUGUGUCACAUGCUUUAUGGAUAUUCCUGUGCUUAAACUAAUCCUCUUUGUAUUUAAAGCACUUGUGUGUGUUUGUACAGGGAGGCUAUUCUUACAUUGCAGCUGUGAAUAGCCUGUGGAAUUCCCACUGUAUAGGGGACCUUUUGCUAUUUUUUCUCUCCCUUGUUCUCUCCAACUCAGCGAACUGUACGUUGCCUGCAAAUGUUUGUUUUGUUCACAAUACUUUCAAUAAAGAUCGGAGAUAACGCA